AUGAAUGUGUUGAGUAAAAAGAGAAAACGUCCAUCAGCUCAGCGAUAUCGAGAUUACUUGGAUUUCAAUCGAAUAAAUCCGAUUGGAGUUGAAGCAGCAGGCCAAGCACAAGGAAUUUUGGAUAAUCAAAACAAUGCAAAUGAAUAUUCGUUCACCACAUUAGCGACUCGUGGAAAUUCGGUCGUCAAACAAUCAAGCACAUACGUCAGCAUCACAUCUGGUCGAGGAUAUGCACAUGGUGAAGUUGGAAUUGCAUACAUUGAUAUCGAAAGUCCAUCGGUAAAUUUGAUUCAAUUGAGCGAUGACCCAUGGUAUUCUGCAUUGUUGAUGAAAAUUCAUAUAAUCGAUCCAUGCGAAAUUAUUUUACCUCACACGUUGUACGAUGCAAAACCCGAAACAGCCGAUGGAAAAUUGAUCAAAUUUAUACGCGAAGACUUUCCCAAAUUACCGCUUAUAACAGUUCCUCGGCGACAUUUCAGCGAGACCGAUGGUUUGACUUUGAUCACAAAGUAUUGCUCCGACAAAUAUAAAUAUGUUAAAGAGGAAAUUGCAUUGAAAUACUAUGCACUCUCGGCUGCAUCAGGUUUAUUGAAAUAUUUACAAUUUCAUCUCAACAUUUAUUUCAAAGAAAACGGUUUGAAAUUGGAUUUUGAGACAAAAUUUGCGCAUAUGCAAAUUGAUAUUGAUACAUCAUACAAACUAGAACUGAUGUCACAAAACAAUCCGAAUACGGUCAAAAGUAAUUUUCCGUCAUUGUACAAGAUUCUGGAUCAUUGUAAAACAUCACUUGGACAACGAACACUUCGUGCCCGCAUUUUGGAGCCAAUGUGUGAUAUAACCAGCAUCAAUGACAUUCAUGAUUGUAUUGCCGAACUAAAUCAGCCUGAAUAUCAGCAGCUGAAAGAAGAUCUCAUAUCCGUUUUAGGCCAAUUCAAUAAUGUCGAUCGAUUGUACAAACUGGCUUUGGUUGUGCCACAAGAUAAUAACUUACGAGCAGCCGAAAUACUCAUAAAUCAAGCGUUGCACUUGCAGAAAUGUCUUGCGCUUGUGCCAUCGUUGGAGGGUCGGCUAGUGCCAUUGACGAGCAAAGUAUUUCAGGAAAUUAAAGUAAACCUCAUGGAUCAACGUUACGUUUCAAUAUUAAAUCAUAUUGAUACCGUGAUUAAUAAAAAUAUAAUGCAGUUUCACAAAGACAGCACCUCUCAACUCGUGCAACGUAUUAAUUGCAUUCAAAGUGGCCACAACAAUCUUGUUGACAUUCUUCGAAAAACUUUCAACGAAUUAUCGCAGCAAUUGGACGUAUGCAUUGGUGAAAUGUCGAGCAAAUAUGGUCAAGCAUUUAAACGGCAUUAUUCUGUGCAAAGAGGUUUCCAUGUGAUAUUGUUGAUUGCAAAUCACGCGGUGACACUUGAAUUCCCCGACGAAAUUGAAGUGUUCGACUCCAAAAGGAACACAUGCUACUUGACAACGCCAGAGGUCAAAAAACUCAAUAUUCGUAUCCAGGAUAUUAUCGAAGAAAUAACGCUUCAAAGCAACAUUGUCAUCGCUCAGAUGUUGAAUGGAAUUAUGAAAGAAAUCGAUGCGGUUUACGAUUUGAGUGGAUACACUGCAACGCUCGAUAUCAUUUUAUCAUAUGCUACGGCCAGUGCAAAUAACAAUUUUGUUCGUCCAACAUUCAGUGAUGAAAUGAGAAUUGUUGAUGCGAUUCAUCCCUUACUUGAAAAAAAUAUUCAUCGAACAAUAGCUACACCAAAUAACAUAAUUGCGACUCCAGAGUAUAAUUUCUUUAUAAUAACUGGACCGAAUAUGGGCGGAAAGACAGUUUACAUAAAAACCAUUGCUAUUCUUCAGAUUAUGGCACAGAUCGGUUGUUAUGUACCAGCUAAAAGUGCACAAUUUCGCAUCACCGAUCGAAUCUUCAGUCGAAUGGGAUUCAAUGACUCAAUCCAGAAAAAUUUGUCAACAUUCAUGAUGGAGAUGAAUAAUAUCGAGCACAUUUUAAAAAAUGUGACGUCAAAUAGUUUGGUAAUAAUUGAUGAACUAUGCCGUAGUACAAAUCCAAAGGAGGGCUCUCAAUUGGCAUGGAAUAUUUGUGAACAUUUGGCAUCGAUUCGCGGUACUUUCAACGAUGGAAAAUAUUUUGUAAAUGAAAGCAAUCAAAUGUGCGACAAUGACAAUGGGACUGUGAACGGUGGCGUUUCUGUUGAAGGAGCAUCAACUACAACACGUAGUUCAACAUUGAAAAAUACAAAUAUCAACGUCAUUACAGCACCGUUCAUCUUUCUGACCACCCAUUUUCAUAGUCUAACCAAAUUGAGCGAUCCAUUCUUCAAUGUUGUGAAUUUAAGUUUCUCUGCUGAACAAAUUACAAACAAUGAAAGUGGAGGACAUUCCUUGGUGUACAAUCAUCGAAUUCAAGAAGGUGUUACUACAGGCGUGACAAGUUAUGGUUUGGCUAUUGCCAAAACUGUACGAUUUCCAGCUGAUAUCAUGGCCCAUGCCACUGAACUCAAUCAACGUUUUAUCAGCGGUGAAAAUUCUCAAAAUAUGACUCAAAACCGGCCGAAACGCAAACUCUCAAAUAUAGGCCGACAAAUAUUGCAUUUGAACCAGAAUUUACGAGUUAUGUCGAUCGAUGAUGUGGCAAGCGUUAUUUCGAAUGGCAUAAAUACAGCGCAUCGUCGUCGACGACGUCAUUUUGGUGCACCAUCAGAACGUACCACGUCAACCACAAGCACGGAAUAUGAAGAUCAUUUAAAGAUUGACCGUAUUUUAUACAAUGCAUACGGUGACAUAUCGAGUUUAAUACGAAACACUACUCUCGAUUGGACGUUGCGUUAUAAUGAUGAAAUUAAUGAAGACGUCAACCUCAGCGAUGCACAAAAUAUUGCCAUCCAAAAUUUUCUUGUAACAUUUGUUGAAGAGCAUCAAGAUGGUUUGAUUGAAGCGCUUGGAAAUUUGAGUUUAUCAAAUGAAAUGCCAGAACCACUAGCGCCAGCGCCAGCACCAGCAUCACAAGCACAACAAAAUAAUGUACAAGAUGAAAUAUCACCGAUGAAUCCAAAUAUUGAACGUGAUCCAGACGAAUUAUCAUCAAUUUUAUCAGUUCAACGUCUCAUCGUUCCGAAUGUUGAGUUGAGUGGCAUUAAUAGUUUUACAUCCAAAGCGGCCAAAAUUUCGACUCCGUCACGAUUAUCAUUUAGCCCAAAAACUCCGCCAAGAUCUGAGACCAGUUCCAGACCACCAUCAUCAGCGUCCAAAACAUUUACAAUGCGUCGAAGUCUGUUUGACUAUAACGAUUCCCAGUCAAGCUUUUCAUCUUUUCAAACCAAGUCACGAUACAGUUCCAGUAGUUCAAGCAGUUUUAGCACAAUGUCUUCGCCAAUGAGUCUAGAUGAUUCGUUUUUCAUUCAACCGACACAAUUGAAUAACUUCGGAAUGAAUUUUGAUUUCAGCCAAAGAAAUAACACACAGUCUUCAUUUAAUGAACCCACAUUUAUGAGAUCUCAAUCACAAAAUGACCUAUGUACGCUACCAGGUGGUGAUGAGAAUAUUUUCUCAAGCAAAUACUUUUCGCAAGCUGAUGGUUUUGACGAUUUUGAAGCACGCACACCCAAAUUACCAUCAUCGCCGCCAGGAAGCCGACCAAUGUCACGAUCAUCACAACAUUCACGACCGGAUUUAAGCAGAAUCAGACAAAUGUCUGGCCGAUCGCUUGUCAAUCUACCCACCGCAUCAAAUUCAGGACGGAGUUCAGCUAGUUCAAGUUUUGGAAAAUUCACAAUGGACUCUUCAUUUCGCGGCAACAGUCGAUUAAGCAAUUCUAGCGAUCAUGAAAAGGCGAAACGAAAAGUUCCACUCAUUCGAAAAGCGAAAUUGAAGACAUCAUCGGUUUUCGGUGAUACGUCAAAGAUAUUUGCAACACCUGCACCAGAAAAAAUUGCAGCAAUUCCGAAACCCAAACCGCCGCCCGCAAAUCAAAAUCAAUUCAAUGUACGUCAAACUGAUACAAGUUUUACGGCAACAAUGCAACGAUUACAGAGAAUUCAAGCCAGAAAACAUUCAUCUGGAACAAAUGCCAACAACACGGUGAAUCAACCGAAUCCACCAAAUCGACUACCUUCAAUCCCCCAAAUCAACCAACAACAAGCUGAUGCUGAUGAACAGCCAGCGCCACCAUUGACCCCACCACCAGGAUUUCAAUAAAGUCGAUUUUGAAUUCGAAAUUUGAACAGCAUUCUGUUCCACGAUCGUAUCAAUUUAUAAAAAUCGCGAAAUUACUCUGAAUUC